UCUAACCUCUGUUCUGGCCAAGCCGACGAACUGUACAUCCAUCCGCUCAACCAUACAUCAACGGCAUUCUCUCUUCCUCCCCAUUGCUUGUCUCGUCCUAGACUGGCAAGCCCAAAGCCCUUGGGCUCAUCUACAACGACAAUCUCCAUAUAUUACACUCCAAACAUCAGCAGAACAUCAUCAUCCAGCAUGUGCAACUACAUUUAUAAGGAGCUGAGCUGUCAGCAUCACUACCACCUGGUAGAGUCAUGGUGCCCCAAGUACAUCGAGACUCAGCAACGAUGCACACCCAAAAUUGUGAGCAAGCAGUACUGGGGUGAUGAUAUUUGUGCUGCAUGCCGAGAACGACAACAGCCUUCCCAACACCCCUGGGCCAAGAUGAUCAAGCGUCCCGCGUCGCCUCGAGUUCCUUCAUUCUCCCAGGACGUUUACGCCCGA